AUGAAUAAACCUUUAACUUUUGUGUCCGUGGCCGCUGCUGGACUCCUUGCAUAUGCUGUGUACUUUGACUACACCCGUAGGAACGACCCUCAGUUCAGAAAGCUGUUGAAGAAAAGGGCAGUUCAGAUGGAGAAGGAAGACGCCAAAGCCAAAAAACAGGCCACCAAAGCUAAGAGAAAUGUCCUCAAAAAGGCUCUUCUUGCUGACCUUGCUGCCAACCCUCCACCAAAAGAUGCUAGCCAGAAGGAGAGCUACUUCUUAGAACAGAUCUCCAUGGGUGAGCGUUAUGCCCCAAUGUUAGGUGGAGAAGUACACGCUGCCUUGUGCUUCUACAAGGCCUUGUCUGUGUAUCCUAACCCAACUGAUGUUCUUGGUGUGUACAAGAACUCCGUUCCUGCUCAUGUUUACGAGUUGGUUGUGGAAUUGAUCUCGAUCCAAGCUCCUAAUAAAGUCGAUGAGAUAAUUCCUGAGGCCAAGCUGGCUGACCAGGAGAAAGAGUUUAAGCCCGCUGAUUUGGAUUAG